AUGGCUGAAUGUUCAUGGAUUGUUUGGCAAAUUGGUUUAGAACUUCGUUAUUAUGAUUGUUGUCUUUUAAGAAUUAAUCAAAUUAAUUUACCAUCAUUAAUGUCUCAUUUUAAUACUAUAUUAGGGGAUCGGUAUCCUGAAAUGGGUACGAGAUUUGUACAAAAUUCUAAAGGUGAUUAUUUAGUUAAUCGUUUUAUUCCAUGUUAUCGUUGUUUACAUGAAAAUGAUCAAUCAGAAAAAUAUAUUUGUCAAACAUUUUGGUCAGAAGCAUUAAUGAUCUUUAUUGAAAAACAAAUGGAGAUAAUGUGUGAAAAACAUGGAGAAAUUUCUCUACGACUCAUAGCACCCGAUUUAUUAAGAUAA